AUGUCAAUAGCGGAACCAUUACCCAGCACACGCUCACCAUUCUUGGAUCAACCCACUCUCGACUCACUCUCAUCUGCCACAGCCGGUGCUACUCGAGGGGACGGUGAUGAUGAGUCUGGUAAUCCACUUAGCGAGUUCGCCCAACAGGUGCUAGGUGUAGAAUCAGAUUCGGAUGCUCAUAAUUUAUUGGAUCUGGGUAGAAGUGAAUAUGCAAUCAUCAAUGAGGAACAAACAUUCAACGAUCUAUUACAGAACCAACAUCAAGAAAGAGAACACGAACAUGAACAUGGCAAUGGUCAACAUCAACAUGAACACGAGAUUGAUCCAGGAUUAGAGCAUGAAUUAUCCAGACAAUUCACAGAAUUAGAUGAAUCGCAAAGGAAUCAAUCCCAACAUGAGAAUCACGACCACGUUGUGGACGAAAACACAAAACAAGGUGAACAGAUAUCCACGUUGGUAUAUGGUGGUAGGAUAAGUAAGCGAAAGAGGGUGAAUGUAGGAAAUGGUACAGGAGGGGAAAGACCUGCGACAGAGGAGAUUAUAACGGACGCGGAUGGGAAUCCGGUAGGACCACAUGAAUAUGUGAGGUUGAAGAAGGAUAGUCAUAAAGAAGUCGAAAGACGUCGUAGGGAAGGUAUCAACGACGGAAUCAACGAGAUCGCCCAAUUGAUACCUGGAGGAACUGACAGAAAGGGAAAAGGAACGGUCUUGAAGAGAGCAGUAACUUAUAUAAUCGAAUUGAAUGAUAAGGUUAGAGCAGAUCAGGAGGAAUUGACAAAGAAAGAUAUCGAGAAACAGGAUCUAGAGGCUCAACUAGCCCAUCUUCAGAGACAGAUGCAGGAAGAACGAGAUCGAUCGAUGCGAUUCGAAACUUCAUGGCGAGAAGCUGAAGAUAGAGCGGCAAGUUCGAACUUUGAGGUCGAACGUAUACGAGAUGAGUUGGAACAACUGAAGAAGUCACAGGCAUGA